GGAGCGGCGCCUGCGCAGUCGUUGCUCCUUGUGCCGCGCCGUUAGCCGCUAUAUCUGGGAAUAACGUUCGAGCGGUUCGUGGUGCCUGCGGGACGCAAAAGAGACGGAGGGGGGGGGGAGGUCGUGAACGGCCUUCCUGCCCGCCUAACGACCCCUUUUCGCCGCCCUCGCUGCGGAGAAGAUGGUGGGGCAGUGAGCCGGCGCUUCGGGUCACAGGAGGUGGGGAUGACGUAGUCUUGUGAGGAUUUAUCAGCUAAGCAGAAAAUGAGCUUAACAUCCUGGUUUUUGGUGAGCAGUGGAGGCACCCGCCAUAGGCUGCCACGAGAGAUGAUUUUUGUUGGAAGAGAUGACUGUGAAUUGAUGUUGCAGUCACGUAGUGUGGACAAGCAGCAUGCUGUAGUCAACUAUGAUGCUUCCACAGAUGAACAUCUUGUGAAAGAUUUAGGCAGUCUAAAUGGGACAUUUGUGAAUGAUGUGCGGAUUCCAGAACAGACGUACAUUACCCUAAAGCUUGAGGAUAAACUGAGAUUUGGAUAUGAUACCAAUCUUUUUACAGUCGUUAGAGGUGAGAUGAGAGUCCCUGAAGAAGCACUUAAGCAUGAGAAGUUUACAAGUCAGCUACAGUUAUCUCAGAAAUCCUCAGAAGCAGAAGGAUCAAAAGUAACUAGUGCCAAAGCUGCAGAGCCAAAGGUACAAGACACCAUUGCUGAAGUGCAUCACAAAUCUAUAGAUGCACUGAAAUCUGAGGAGAAAUCUGCAGAUCUUUCUACCAUGCCUCGUGGUACACCUUUGUAUGGGCAACCAGCAUGGUGGGGUGAUGAUGAGGCUGAAGAACAGAAUGGCUUCAAACAAGAUGGUAAACCUGAAGAGAAAAUACAUGAAACUGGAGUGUUAGGCUGCAGCACAGAUGGCAAGCAAGCUGAGGAGAAAUCUGCAGCUGCAAAUGAAGAAGAACCUUAUCCUUUCUGUAGGGAGCCAAGUUAUUUUGAAAUCCCUACAAAGGAAUUCCAGCAACAUUCACAAAUACCUGAGGGUACUAUUUAUGAAAUCCCAACAAAAGACACACACAUAACAGGGGCAGGGCAUGCUUCAUUUACUAUUGAGUUUGAUGACAGCACCCCAGGAAAAGUAACCAUCAAAGACCAUGUCACAAAAUUCACUCCCGAGCAACGCCACAAGUCUAAGAAGCCUUCUCCUUCUGGUGCUCAGGAUCUUUCUGGGCUUCAAACUGUGAUGUUGGCACCGGAGAGUAAAGUGGCAAACUGGUUAGCACAAAACAAUCCCCCAACCAUGGUCUGGGAAGCAACAGAGGAAGAUUCAAAAAGUAUUAAAAGUGACGUUCCAGUCUACUUGAAGAGACUGAAAGGAAAUAAACAUGAUGAUGGCACACAGAGUGAUUCAGAAAAUGCUGUGGCACACAAGCAUUAUAGUAAACGGGCAGCCCUUGAAGAGCAGUUAAGACAUCAUUAUAUAGAACAGCGAAAAUUGCACACAAAAGCACAGGAUGCAGAGAAGCAUUCAGAUCAAGCUGUUGCAAGCCAGACUGCCUUUAUGAUUGAGUUUUUUGAUGAAGGCCAUCCCCGGAAGAGAAGAUCAUAUUCCUUUUCUCAAAACGUUGGAUCCUUGUGUCCAGAAACAUCUCCUCCAACACCCCAUACAAAAACUGAAAAGGUGAGACCUGCUUUGGGAGACUCCAAAGGGUGUUCAUCAUCUUCACAGAACAGCUCGACUCAACAAAGAGCAGCACAUGCAAAGCUUCUAAAGCAAAAAUCAGAAGAACCAUCUGCUGUGCUACCUUUCUUACAGACUUCAUUGUUAAGAAGUUCUGGGAGCCUUGGACAUAGACCCAGUCAAAACGAGGACAUGGAUAAAAAAUUAAAAAGCCAACUAGUUUUGACAACGGUUGAGAAGGAGGAGGAUGACCAAAGUGAUAAAGGCACCUAUACUAUCGAGUUGGAAAAUCCCAAUUCUGAGGAAGUAGAAGCUCGCAAGAUGAUUGAUAAGGUUUUUGGAGUGGAUGACAGCCAGGAUUAUAAUAGGCCUGUUACCAGCGAGAGCCAGAGAGAUUUAGUAAAAGAUUGGGCUAUAAAUUCUGCUACAGUAGUGCUGCAAGAAAAAAGACCACUGAGUACAACUGGAUUUCUUGACACAGAGGUUGAAUGUAUUCUCGAAGGCUGGCUUUUAACCUCCUGGGAAAGCACUGGUACAUCCGGAAGCAAGCGCUGGAUAUCACAGUGGGCUAGUUUGGCUGCUAAUCAUACAAAACAUGAUGAAAGUGAAGUACGGAUGGAGUCAUUUGCUCCUGCUGCUCUAGAAAAUGAUACUGACAUCAGUGAAUCUGGCUUCUCAACUAGAAGUGCGGGCUCAGCUACUUCAUUGACCAGCCAGGGAGAUCGAAAGAGGCGAACACUUCCACAAUUGCCAAAGGAAGAAAAUAUUACAGAAGGACAAAGAACAAAACUAACAACCCAUCAGAGAUCGGAGAUAGGUGAAAAACAAGACACUGAACUACAAGAGAAGGAAACUCCAACUCAUACUCAGAAAGAAAUAGGACAAGCUAUUGAUAAAAGCCUGAGUAAAACAAGCAGGGCAGUGAAUGGCCUUUCUCCAAAAGCAGAGAAGACAUUUUUUCAUACCAACAGCUGCUUCAUUUCAGGCAAAGAAAAAAGUGAAAAUGGCAAGGAAACAUCAGUUGUGAAACAAGCAUUAGCUAAAAUUCAGCAGCAGGAACAAAAUGAGGUAACACAUUGGAUCCCCAGUAAAUUAUCUUCUGCAAAAGUUGCAAAUCAAGUUGAAAGAGGGAGAGAGGAGCCUUCUGUUUCCCAUAAAACAGAUGCUAAAGAAAAGACAUCAGGGCAUGGUACAGGCAAAACAGAAAGUAAAGUAGCACAAAGUGAAGGGAAAAAAAAGAAGUCAGAAGAAACAAGUAAAUGUCAAACUGUGAAAGGAUUUACUGGGGACAAGAAAGACUCAUCAAAACCAUUAGUGAGACAAGGAAGUUUUACUAUAGAUAAACCAAGUACAAAUAUACCUAUCGAGCUUAUCCCUCACAUUAAUAAACAGACAGGCACCACCCCACCACCACUGUCUUUAACAUCUACUAGAAUAAGUGAGAAAAGUGACUCAGUGGAAACAGAUUCUAGUCUAGAUACUACACUUAUUUUAAAAGAUACAGAAGCUGUAAUGGCUUUUCUAGAAGCCAAACUACGUGAAGAAAACAAAACAGAUGAAGGACCUGAAACUCCCAGCUAUAAUAGAGAUAAUUCCAUUUCACCUGAAUCAGAUGUGGAUACAGCUAGUACAAUUAGUCUGGUAACUGGAGACAGCGAAAGAAGACCUACACAAAAACGCAAAAGCUUUACCACUCUUUACAAAGAUAGGUGUUCUACUGGUUCUCCUUCAAAGGAUGUUUCAAAGUCAUCAUCUACAAGUGCUAGAGACAAAAUUGAAAAAAAACCCAAAAGCCGUUCUUCAGAAGCUGGUUCAAGAGGUGAUGCACGCAAGCUUGUACAGAGCAGUGGAAGAAUAAGGCAGCCUUCGGUAGAUUUAACAGAUGAUGAUCAAACAUCUAGUGUACCUCAUUCUGCCAUUUCUGAUAUUUUAUCUUCUGAUCAGGAAACAUGCUCUGGAAAAUCACAUGGAAGGACUCCUUUUACCUCAGCAGAUGAACACAUGCAUUCCAAAACAGAAACUAUCAAAUCAGCAAAGUUGAAGUCUUCUCCUGCAUCAGCUGGACAAUCCAGUAAGUCAAUAACUCUUCCAAGGCCUCGCCCAACAAGGACUUCACUGUUACGGAGAGCACGACUUGGGGAAGUGUCAGACAGUGAACUUGCAGAUGCGGACAAAGCAUCAGUAGCUUCUGAGGUGUCUACUACAAGUUCUACAUCCAAACCCCCAUCAGGAAGGAGAAAUAUUUCAAGAAUUGAUCUGCUUGCACAGCCACGAAGAAAUAGACUUGGUUCCCUGUCAGCACGAAGUGACUCUGAAGCAACAAUUACUAGAAGCACUGCAUCAUCUCGUACUCCAGAAGCCAUUAUUAGAAGUGGCAUUAGGCUAACACCACCAGCAGAUAGUACUAAAGUUUCCCCUAGAAUUAGAGCUAAUAGUAUUUCUCGGCUAUCGGAUUCGAAAACCAAAUCUCUGUCUUCAACCCAUAGUUCUCCAUCAGAGGCAUACCGUCUUCUCCCAGAACCAGAUCCUGCUCUUGAAACUUACAGUGUAAAUUCAAGAUGGAGGCGCUUUCCUACUGAUUAUGCUUCCACCUCAGAAGAUGAAUUUGGAUCAAACCGUAAUUCUCCUAAACAUGCCCGUCUACGUACUUCUCCAGCCCUGAAAACUACUCGAUUGCAGAGCACUGGAACAUCAGCGCAAACUAGCAAUGUCUUCAAGCAUAGGAUAAAGGAACAGGAAGAUUACAUUCGUGAUUGGACUGCUCAUCGAGAAGAAAUAGCAAGGAUCAGUCAGGACCUGGCUCUCAUCGCAAGGGAAAUCAAUGAUGUAGCAGGAGAGAUAGAUUCGGUGACUUCAUCAGGCACUGCUCCUAGUACCACAGUAAGCACUGCUGCCACCACCCCUGGCUCUGCCAUAGACACUAGAGAAGAGGUAGGAGAUCUUCAUGGAGAAAUGCAUAAGUUAGUUGACCGUGUAUUUGAUGAAAGUCUAAACUUCAGGAAGAUUCCUCCAGUAGUGAACGCUAAAACCCCAGAUGGGAACUCUCGGCCUAAUGAACCCAAGCCACAGUCAACAGAUGUUCCUGAACCCCCCACAAUUACACGUCGUCGAACCUGGAGUAGGGAUGAAGUUAUGGGAGAUACCUUGCUGUUGUCCUCAGUUUUCCAGUUUUCCCGGAAGAUUAGACAAUCUAUAGAUAAAACAGCCGGUAAAAUCAGAAUAUUAUUUAAGGACAAAGACCGAAACUGGGAAGACAUUGAAAAGAAAUUGAGAAUUGAGAGUGAAAUCCCAAUUGUGAAAACAUCAAGUAUGGAAAUAUCAUCUAUAUUGCAAGAACUGAAGAGGGUUGAGAAACAACUGCAAGUGAUAAAUUCAAUGAUUGACCCUGAUGGGACUUUGGAUGCUCUGAGCAACUUGGGAUUUGCUGCCUCUGUCCAAGCAACUCAGCCUAAGCAGAAAUCCAGCCCUGUUUCUCAAAGUGCCCAUCCUCAGUUACAACCAAACUGUCAACCAGAAGCAAGGGCUGCUCGAUCCACUGCAGCCUCUGCUUCAAAUGAACUUGGCAAUGUUGAAUCUGAGCAUGAUUUCAGCAUACAUUUUAAUAGGUUCAAUCCAGAUGGAGAGGAAGAAGAUCCAACUUUGCGUGAAUGACAUACAUAUUAUCUGUCAUCUUUAGUAUUGAAUGUGCAGAAUUCAACAAGAGUCGUAGCGUUGUUCAAAGAGUUUUUAAAAACUUGGUAAAAUUGCUAUUGCUUUGUUAUACCAGCCACUUAACUGUGAUGUUUUGGAUGUCACACAUACCACUUGACUCAUUAAGAUAAAAAUUGGUACUGACAUAGAAAUGCGGUUUGUGGUAAUUUUAUGGGCUUUGCAAGCACUUAACUUUGGAUCUUUUCCUUCAUAGUUUAAUUUCUUUUGGCAGACAGCAAACAGGAGGAAGGCCAUCAUUAUUAAACCUCUAAGUCUCCUGUGCCAAGUUGAUCUGUAAUUGAGCCUCUUCACGUAAAUUUGUAUAAAAUUAUUGAUAAUUUAAAUUUGAUUCUAAGGGGAUUAAAUGAGAAUAUAUUACAUUUUAAUACUGUUAACACACCACAGUAUAGAAAAAGCAGAUUUCACAGUAUGUCCAUUGUUGCAUACUAAAGAUUUAAAACCAUUAUGACUGAUAUAACUUCAUUGCUAUGUAAAUUUUCUCGGGGCUUAAUAUAGCUCAAAUAUUAUGUUUGCACUAAGAAUUUGCUGGGAGCAGAUGGUGAACAUAUCAAUAGUCUGUAUUGAGAGAAGUGGUCAUAAUUGUCUUUCUUUAAAAACCACCUUCAGCAUUCUACUUCCCAAAAGGAUCCAUUUGGCCCUUCAGUGAUCCUUUUCAGUAUGUCUUUUUAAUGUUGAUGAAAAUUUAAUGUCAUAUCAUUUCUGUCCUGAUGUUUGGAAUUUUGAAACCAGUUUAAAUGUAUGGCUGUGUAAGUCUAUUGCCUGAAAGUCCAUUUCGUGAUAUAACAUCAAUGCCAAACAGAACAUACAACUGUGAGUACUUCUUGAGAUUAUCAUGAAUUGAUUUUAAAAAAAAUCAGAUUUGGGGAUAGAAUAAUAGUAAUCUGUUGAGUAGGCUGACUCCAGGCAUACAAAUUAUUCAUGUUUUCCUGUAGAUUCACUAGUAAGACAGUCUUAUAUGUUUAUAAGAAUUUCUGGAAGAAAACUAACGUAGGCUUUUCUUUUCAUAUACUGCUUAAGAGCAAAGCUGUUAAAAUAUCUCUUAUAAGCCUAUUUAUCUUUAAAACUGUCCCAGUAACUUAACAUUUGGAAAUAAUAAUGAAAGUUAAUCUUGUGUUUCCAGAACACUGUAAUUUCAAGGUCUUCUGUCAAAUGCUACUAAUAACUGGAAUUUUCCUGUGUUUCCGCAUCAGUCUAUAUAUUAUGGUUAUGGAUACAACUUUGAAGCUUCUAUGAAAUAAUCUUUAAUAUUUCAGCAAUAAUCUUAUGUGUCACUUGUUUAAAAAUACCUUUUUCCUGUAUAUUUUUAAACUGUACAGGAUUUUGGAAGUCAUGACAAAAUUUGACAAACUUAAACAAAAACAUUUUUGUAGAGAGAGGAAAAUAAAAACCCCAUGAACCUAUUGUAUAUUGGAUUAUUUUUUU